AUGUCACAACAGCCCGUUGGCCCAGCACAACCGAAGGACAGCCUGAACGGUGGAGCUCACGCAACGCCAAACGGGGUGAGUACUGUGGAUGGCGCGGAUACCAGUGCCAGUGGCAGUGCUCGUCCCAGCAUUGGUGCCGGUGCCGGUGCUGGGGGCAGUGUCAAUAUCGGCACCGAGCAGCCCAGCGCCGACAUUGCCGCUACACAUUUCGGCCUCUUUCACACCCAGAUUGAAGCGCAGGUACAAAGGCUCCAAGAUGGGUGCGCCGUCAUCGACAGCGCAGUGGGCGACCUAUACUCCACAUUCGGUAAGUUCGGCAAGAUAGUCACCACGGUCGGCGAACGAUACGGAAAGGAAAGAGUGCUCGAGGACGAGAACCAGAGACUACAGGCCGCCCACGACGUGAUCUGGAAGCACAUCCGAAGGGACCAAGACAAACACGAGAAGGAGAAAUCCGACCUGCGCGCCGAGCAUCAAGCCCAAUUGAAGGCGUUGAUGGCGCAGGCGAAGGCCGGCGAGGAGGAGAAAAAGAAGUACGAGGACAUGGUGAAGCUUCACGAGGAACAAAACGAAAGAGCGAGGCAGAGGAUCGAGGGCAAGCUGCGGCAGAGAAUGAAGGAGCUGGAAACCGAAAAUGCCGAGAAAAUUGCAGCUCUGGAGAAUGAUAAGCAGGAACUAGUGCUUGACAAAGCCAACCUGACACGAGACCUGAAGGAAAGGACAAGGGAACGGGACGAGGAGAAGAUGACCCGUGAGACGAUGCAAACCAAGUUACGAGCGGAUGUCACAAAGUUGGAGAAGGACCUUGCCGACAUGAGGGCGAAAUAUCAAGUGAACACGCAGUCAUCUGAGUAUUAUACGAAACGAUACGGCGAACUGACGGACCGAGUGGGCCGUAUGGUGACAGAAUACUUCACAGGCCUUUCAGAUGGGGCAAUCGAUGUAAGUCCAGCGGAAUGGCUGGAGGCCCCUGCCUCCUUCAAAUCUUGCGGUGUUGUUGCUGCGUUUGACCAAGCUGCUCAUACCUCGAGCGUACAGGACCCGGUCGAGACAUCAAAGAGUCUGAAACGGACGUUGCCAAUUCUCGAGAAAGUACCUAUUGCAAACUCUCCCUGCUCCCAGGAUCUCCGGCUGGCCAUCUCCCAACACGUCAUAUUUGAUGCGAUACUCAAGUCCGUGUGGCAGCCAUUCUUCUCCCAGUAUCUGUGGGGGAAGACGAAAGACAGGUCCACGACUCUCAUGGAGAUAUACUCGCGUCUUGGGCUUGAAGGGGCGGAAUUCCAGCAUAAUUGGAGAGUGUCCACAUUGAGGGUACUGGAUCGGCUUGACGAAAACACGGAUGUCGGGCGCAUAAUAGGGGACGUGGUCGAGGCAAGAGUCGUUGGUCCUUUGGAGCCAUUGCUAGAUGACGCACAGGUGGGCUCGUUUAGACAUGACUUGAGGGCGUUGCUCACUGAUGCAUUUGCCCUGGGCCAAGAAGCAGAGCGGGAUCAAUCACCAGUGCAUGUUGACUCCACUCCAUCCUUGAUGAAGGAGCGGGAAGGCUGGAAGGAAUAUCUGAGUUCGAGUGAGGAAUAUGAGAUCAGCAACGCGACUGACCAGUCCGUGGCGUCUCUGGGGUCAGAGAUUGUCCCUGAACCACUGUUUGUAAGUCCGAAGAUCUUUCGCAGAAUCGAGGAGGUCGGACCGGGGGCGAAAUCCACGAGCAGCUCCCACGUCGAGCUGAUCCAAAUGGGGGUCGCGCUCUUCCCGGACACAGGCAUAUUUCAGGAAGCGGCAAUGGAAUGGAAGAGGAUCCGUCGGGCGGGCACGGAAGCUGCGAGGAGUAAUAAUGGUGGGAGGAGGAGAGCAAGCACGAGCACCACUGGGACCGGUCUGGGGAUUUCGCCGCGAUCUCCAAUCAAGAAUUGGUACGGGCAGAGGACACAGGAUUUCGACUAG